UGCUAAGAGUGUUGACCGUUCUAUUGGCGCGGCGCCUUUAAGGAAUUCUUACAUCAGUCCAUCAAGUUGUGACGUAAAUUUGAGUCGAGCAAGCUAGCGUUCAAAAAAGGCCUCAAGUGGUACGAUAACACAUGGGAAUUUAGUAAAUAUUUCAGAAAAAGUAUGGAAAGUGGCGCCAGUUCUGGUACUACUGUACCCAUCGGGGAUGUCGGCAAUACCGAGAUUCUAAGUAACGUAAAAAUUCAAGUUCCUUCAUUGAGGAAAGAAUUGUUGGAGAAAGAGGAGUUGAUACAAAGAAAGGACGCGGAGUUACAACACAGAAUGAGAAUAAUCGACGAUAAGGAUGCGGAAAUUAGUAAGUUAAAAAAGGAGAUCCAUGAACUAAAAUGCGUUGUGCAGCAGACUUCGAGUAAAAUGAGUGUAAUGUCGACAAUUAAUGAAGAUUCCUCCAUGGCGUCUGCUACAAGAGCUCCAGAGAGGAAAAAGAAACUACGGCCGAGUAAGAAAGAAAAACGACAAGCAGUUAGCGGUGAGAGCAGCACAAAAACGCAAGAAGAGUCCCGAACCGGGAAAGAACUCGAGCGAUUUCCAAAGGAUUUUAGGUCAAAACAACUUAUCAAGGACGCCAUCUUUGAGAAUGAUUUCCUGAAGAAUCUUGAGGCGGCCCAAGUACGAGAGAUCGUGGACUGCAUGUACUCCAACACAUUCCAGCGCAAUGACGUCAUCAUACAGGAAGGGGAUGCCGGGAAUGCUCUCUAUGCAAUAGCAGACGGACGUCUACAGGUGACGAGGGAGAAUAAGGUUCUCGGUGAGAUGGUGGCGGGAAUGGUCUUCGGUGAACUGGCGAUCCUGUACAAUUGCCGACGAACUGCUACUGUUACCGCGAUGGAACCUACAAAACUGUGGAAGAUUGACAGGCGGGUAUUUCAAAUCAUAAUGAUGAGGACUGGCAUGAUACGACAAGCGGAGCACAUGGCUUUUCUCAAAAGUGUGCCCCUGCUCAAGGAACUGCCUAACGCCGAGCUAUCGAAGCUCGCGGAUGUACUGGAAGUAGAUUUCUAUCAUGCUGGCGAUUACAUAAUCAGGGAAAAUGAAAGGGGCGAUACCUUUUAUAUCAUCACAAAAGGAUCGGCUCGAGUGACGCAACGCAUCGAGGGCCAAACUGGACCAAAAGAAAUCCGAAAGCUACAAAAAGGGGACUACUUUGGUGAAAAGGCGCUGUUAAGUGAGGAUCGACGUACCGCUAACGUGAUUGCUGAAGAAAAUGGAGUCGAGUGCCUUGUUGUUGAUCGAACGGUAUUCAUGACAGUCAUAGGGAAUAUGGACGAGCUGCGAGAGAAAGAUUACGGUGACGAGGAAAGAGGAGCAAAAAGAACUCUAGAUGUUCCUGAGGAGGAACGUAAGAUUUCAAAGGAAUUUGCGGAUCUUACGCUGGAAGACCUUGAAGUCGCUGCCACCCUUGGCACGGGAGGAUUUGGACGGGUGGAACUGGUACAGAACUCUAAAGACAAGCUAACGUACGCCUUGAAGUGCUUGAAAAAGAAACACAUCUUGGACACAAGACAACAGGAGCAUGUGUACUCGGAAAAAAGGAUUCUCAUGGAGACAAACUCACCUUUCAUCUGCAAGAUUUAUCGGACCUUCAAGGACCGGAAAUACGUCUACAUGCUUCUUGAGGCGUGUCUGGGUGGCGAGCUUUGGACAAUACUCAGAGAUCGUGGAACGCUCGAGGACGCGACGGCAAGAUUUUGCAUCGCUUGUGUGGUAGAAGGCUUUGAAUAUCUUCACUCUAAAGGAAUCGUAUACAGAGACCUAAAACCAGAAAACCUCCUUUUAGAUGCUAAAGGCUACGUCAAAUUGGUGGACUUUGGAUUCGCCAAGAAGAUCGGCUCUGGUCGCAAGACGUGGACGUUUUGUGGAACCCCUGAGUAUGUUGCACCUGAGAUAAUUCUGAAUAAGGGUCACGACUUGUCUUCUGACUACUGGUCCCUUGGUAUUCUGAUAUUUGAGCUGCUGACUGGAAGUCCACCAUUUAGCAGUUCAGACCCUAUGAAGACUUACAAUAUCAUUCUCCGUGGCCUCGACAUGGUGGAAUUCCCAAAGCGUAUCGGGCGAAACCCGCAGAACUUAAUCAAGCGGCUGUGUAAAGACAACCCUGUGGAGAGAUUGGGCUACCAAAAGGACGGGCUUAGCGACAUCAAAAAACACAAGUGGUUCCAUGGUUUCCAUUGGCAGGCACUCAUCGACGGGACCCUCGAACCUCCAAUCAAACCAAAGGUCGAGAGCUCAACGGAUUACUCCAACUUCGACGUGUACUCCAAAGACAUGGACAUUCCCCCAGAUGAGAUGUCAGGAUGGGAUGAAAAUUUCUAAUCAAAAUCUGGCCAUAUAUGCUCCCAUGGAAACAUCAUUCUUCAGUCCCAGUUUUAUAUUUACACUACUCUCUGGAAUGCAUCUAUGAGGACACAUGCAUAUCUAACACAGAAAGUGUUCUUUCUUAGCAUUGCCUUAUAUGUACUUGUUAGUCCAUAUUAGGAAGUACUGGAUUUUUCCCAUUCACGUAUCUCCCGAAUAAGGGGAAAUGCUGAUCCCUGAUCCCUUAUCAAUUUGAGAAUCGGAAAAAAAAACCGUUACCAAACCCGGAUCGUUCGGACAUAUAUAUUUACCUCACAAUUCCAGGGAAAUAUUUUAAUUUAAAAAACAAUCAGCCCUAGCAAUAUGAAGGUCACCUAAAUAUGAAUACCUUAAAAUGGAAUCACAUCCGCUGUGCUUCAUCGGUAUCGAAUAUGCAAAUCGAAUAAAAACGCUACCAGGUUUGGAAACUGUAGUGUUUUAUAGCCUUCCCCGUAGGCAUCACUAGGUGAAAAUCCAAAACCAAAGCGAGUAAAAAAUCCAGACGCGGGAUCUCUGUGGCAAGCAAACGUGUGGGAGAGGGGGCGGGGUUCUUAUUAGGUUCGAAAAAAAGAAGAAAGUGGAAUUUUAUAAACUUAGAUGACGGAAAAUAAAUUAUGCGACAGCAAAUUGUGAAAGUACAGUACUCCUAAGGUAUUAAUGAGAACUGACGUAUGAUGCAAAUUAGCUGUAUAUAGACAUAACGCUUUAAUGCAAAAGGCCCCAAAAAGUCUUGUGCGUAAACCAGAAGAAUAAAUACACCAAAAACUGGUGUUUGACUCUUGA